CACCAGUGACUCUAGUACACAGGUGUCAAACUGGUGGCCCUCCAGUUGUUACCAAACUACAAGUCCCAUGAGGCAUUGCAAGAUUGACAGUUACAAGCAUGACUCCCAAAGGCAGGGGCAUGACGGGACUUGUAGUUUUGCAACAGCUGGAGGACCACCAGUUUGACUCCCCUGCUCUAGGGUGUCAAACUGGCGGGUGUCAAACUGGCCCUUCAUCUGUUGGAAAACUACAACUCCCAUCAUGCCUCUACCUUUGACAAUCAUGCUUGUAACUGUCAAUCUUGCAAUGCCUCAUGGGACUUGUAGUUUGGCAAGAGCUGGAGGGCCACCAGUUUAACACCUGUGCCCCAGG